GAUCUACCUCUCUCUCUCUCUCUCUCUCUAAUUCCUCGUCGCUUCUUCUCUACAUCGGGCUUUUGGUCCCCAGUAGAACCCUAGAAUUGUCAAUUCGUCUGCUAGUGAUUGAUUUUUCAAGGAGCUUGUUGAAUUUUACUAUUAAAGAAAUUGACUCAAACAAUCUUGGGAGUAUCUUUUCGUGGUUAUGCUCUGAAAUUACGCUUCUUUAUUUGUCUAAUUCUCGCUUGGAUUUCUUGAUUUCCUGUUCGUUGGAGUUUAUUAAUGAGUUUCCUUUGAAUGAGGGGAAGGCUGUGAAGUCAGUCCGGUCUUUUAUCUUUGUUUCAUGGGCAACACAUGCCGUGGAUCUUUUGGUGGCAACCACUUCCAGGGCUACACCGAGCCCAUAGAUCGCUCCAUCUCUAAGAGGAACACUUCUGAGCAUUCCACUUACAGUUACUCGCCAAACAACGUGAACACCUACCAGCCCAUCGCCGAGGGUUUCGCCAAAGAUAAUCACAAGAAAGACCAGAAUCCAGCUCUGGCUAGUCCAACGGCAAAAGACAUGAGGCGGGGAUUAGACAACCAGACUUAUUAUGUCUUGGGUCAUAAGACUGCUAACAUCCGUGAUCUUUACACCCUGGGCCGUAAGUUGGGUCAGGGACAAUUCGGCACGACUUAUUUGUGCACCGAGAUUUCCACGGGUAAAGAUUACGCUUGUAAAUCUAUCUCCAAGAGGAAGCUGAUUUCUAAGGAAGACGUGGAAGAUGUUAGGAGGGAAAUUCAGAUAAUGCACCAUCUAUCAGGUCACACGAAUAUCGUUACAAUUAAGGGAGCCUAUGAAGAUCCGUUGUAUGUCCAUAUCGUGAUGGAGUUGUGUGCUGGGGGUGAAUUGUUUGAUCGCAUCAUUCAACGAGGACACUACAGCGAGAGGAAGGCAGCUGAGUUGACAAAGAUUAUCGUUGGGGUUGUUGAAGCCUGCCAUUCGCUCGGGGUUAUGCAUAGGGAUUUGAAGCCAGAGAAUUUCUUGUUGGUUAACAAAGACGAUGAUUUCUCUCUUAAAGCCAUUGAUUUUGGUCUCUCGGUCUUCUUUAAACCAGGCCAAGUAUUUACUGAUGUCGUUGGAAGUCCAUAUUAUGUGGCUCCGGAGGUACUUUGCAAGCAUUAUGGACCAGAGGCAGAUGUAUGGACUGCAGGAGUGAUACUGUAUAUAUUGCUCAGUGGUGUGCCACCUUUCUGGGCAGAAACCCAGCAAGGAAUUUUUGAUGCGGUUCUGAAGGGAGUUAUUGACUUUGAAUCAGACCCCUGGCCUCUAAUCUCAGACAGUGCCAAGGAUCUUAUUAGGAAGAUGCUCUGUUCUCAGCCCUCUCAGCGCUUGACUGCUCAUGAAGUACUAUGUCAUCCAUGGAUUUGUGAAAAUGGAGUUGCUCCUGACCAAGCAUUGGAUCCAGCUGUCCUUUCUCGCCUGAAACAGUUCUCUGCAAUGAAUAAAUUAAAGAAGAUGGCUUUGAGGGUAAUAGCUGAAAGCCUCUCUGAGGAGGAAAUUGCUGGUUUACGUGAGAUGUUUAAGGCAAUGGAUACUGACAACAGUGGUGCAAUCACAUUUGAUGAACUAAAAGCUGGUUUGAAAAGAUAUGGCUCUAAUUUGAAGGAGUCUGAAAUUCGUGAUCUUAUGGAUGCGGCUGAUGUGGACAAUAGUGGCACCAUUGACUAUGGAGAAUUUAUUGCUGCCACAGUUCAUCUUAACAAGCUAGAACGGGAAGAACAUCUCAUUGCAGCAUUUUCAUACUUCGACAAGGAUGGGAGUGGUUAUAUCACAGUUGAUGAACUGCAGCAGGCAUGUUCUGAGCAUAACAUGACAGACAUUCUUGUUGAAGAUAUUAUCAAAGAAGUUGAUCAAGAUAAUGAUGGUAGAAUAGACUAUGGUGAAUUUGUUGCUAUGAUGCAAAAAGGAAAUGGGGGAAUUGGAAGACGAACCAUGAGGAACAGUCUGAAUAUGAGCAGGAUAGAUGCACCAGGAUCUCAUUAGCCUUUGAUUAUGCACAUCAUGUACAGGGAUAUUGGCAGGUUGUACAGAAAGGCCGGAAGAGAAGAAUCGGUGGUAAUGACUUCAAAUAUGCAAGUUUGGUUGGCAUCCAGCUCCGAAACCUUGGGACAUAUUACAGAAGCUUCCAGAAUGAAGGUUUUAUGAGUGAGCAUUUUGUUAGUCAUGCCUGUUUGUGGCCAAAUAAUUGGAAAAAAGAAAAUCCAUAUGACUUCAUUGAGUGUAUGCUUCUCCCAUUUAAAGUUUGAAGUUUUGUUUGUCAACAUCUAUUCCUUUGUUUUAAGUUUUAACAACUUAGUUCCCUUUAUGCAAA